AAAGAAGGGAGAAGAAGAAAACGAGGAGGCCCCAAAGACCCCGCGUGGUCGUCCGGUCCAGGGCGGGGGGCGGCCGGCAACGACGAAACCAGCCAACGCCACCACCUCCUCCUCCUCCUCCCUCCUCCCCCCGUCGCCGUCCCGUCCAGUUCCGCGAUCCACACGACCCCGUCCGCCUCGGCCUGCGCCCGCCAGCCCUCCUCUCGCUACAAGAAUCCGCCCGCCAGCUCGCGCUGCGCUCCAGCGAGUCCCUCCCUGCGGUGCGGAGAUCCUGCGUGAGGAGUCCGUCCAAGAACCAGGCGGCGGUUGCGGGGAGAUCGAUUGGAUAUGGAGGCGGCGGUCGCGGGUGCGGGCGGCGCGGGGCUGACCAGGUGGCAGGCGGCGGCGCUGUCGGCGGUGGCCGGGUGGGUCUGGGCGGCCUCGUUCUACGACCUCACGCGCCGGGCGCGCGCGCUGGUCCAGCCAUGGGUCACGCGCCGUGUGCACGCCGAGACGCCGGCAAUCCUCAGGUUUCAGAGGUUGCAACACAAGUUGCUGGACAAUUUCUUCUCUGUGCUGUCAUGCGUUGUCUCUGUUCCCUUCUACACGGGAUUCCUCCCUCUCCUCUUCUGGAGUGGACACAACAAGCUGGCUAGGCAGAUGACCCUCCUCAUGGCUUUAUGUGAUUACCUCGGGAACUCUGUCAAGGACAUGAUAUCAGCUCCUCGUCCAUGCUCUCCUCCUGUUAGAAGAGUAACAGCCACUGAAGAUGAGAAGGAAAAUGCCAUGGAAUAUGGGCUUCCAUCAUCGCAUGCUCUCAAUACUGUUUGUUUGAUGGGAUAUCUAUUACAUUAUGUCCUCACAUAUGGAGAUGCUGGCAAUGUUAUGAUUGCUGCUGGUUUAUCUUUAGCUUUCUUGUUUGUUAUGCUAAUUGGCAUUGCAAGGAUAUAUUUGGGUAUGCACAGCUUGAUCGAUGUUAUUGCUGGAAUUUGUUUUGGCAUUGUCAUCCUAGCAUUCUGGUUGGUUGUCCAUGACCAUGUUGAUGCCUUUGUUGUGUCUGGGCAAAACGUUGCAUCCUUCUGGGCAGGCCUUUCUCUAUUGAUGUGCUUUGCAUACCCGAAGCCAGAAUUCCCGACUCCUAGCUUUGAAUACCAUACAGCAUUCAACGGAGUCGCUUUCGGAAUUGUCUACGGCAUCCAGCAAACCUACUUCCAUUUCCACACCCCUGACGCCCCCCUCAUCUUCAGCUCGCGACUGCCCCUGCUUGCAUUCGCAGGGCGUGUCCUCGUCGGGAUCCCGACCAUCCUGGUUGUGAAGUUCUGCAGCAAGGCGCUGUCCAAGUGGCUGCUGCCUGUCAUGUGCAGCACCCUGGGCAUCCCCAUUGUAUCAUCUUGCUAUGUUCCUGCCCUGAAAGUCGACAACAGCAGCAAGAACAAGCCUGAUGCGAAGCAGGGUGCCGGGUACCUCCAGAGGGUGUUUUCCCUCUUCCCUCAGAAGGCCUACGACGUGGACACAGGCAUCAGGUUCGUGCAAUACGCCAGCCUCGCGUGGUCCGUGGUCGACCUGGUGCCAGCCAUAUUCACCCAUCUAAAUUUGUAGCCAGCUACUCAAUAAUUCAGGGUGCAAGUUUAAUUUUUACUCUUUCUGGAGCUCCCAAUGCAGGGGCUCCUACUCGUAAGACAUGGAUCAUCUUAUGAGGCUGUAAAUCCAAUGAUCUCUCCCUCGUUUUUUGUAUUGUAUGAUUGCCUAGGUGUUCGCACCACGUGGUGAUGUUUCUGUAGAGGUGUCAAGGAAGUAGUAAGCACUAAGCAGGAAGUAUUGAUGUGUUACUAUCACUAUUAUUCCAUGACAGAAGUGGCCACUAUGGUGCCACGCCUAACCUGCACGGGAUUCUGAUUCUUAAUCGCAAAGAAAUGCCUUUACUUGCCUUGCA